CGCCCCCCCUUACCCGAUCUCGUCGGCGCCUCCCACGCUGUUCAUGGCGGCGGCUCCUCGGCGGUAUCCGGGGCCGCGCCCGGCUCCUCUCUCCGGCGGCGGCGGCACCAGCGGCAGCAGUGGCAUGGCCAUGAGCACCCAGGCAGCAGCGGGACGGAUCUUUGUGGAGGGCGAGGAUUGCCGGGCAGCCUGGCGGGAGGCAGCAGCCACCUACGAUGGGCCUGACACCCACCUGGAGAUCCUGGGGAAGCCAGUGAUGGAGCGCUGGGAGACCCCCUACAUGCACUCGCUGGCAGCCGUGGCUGCGUCGAGGGGUGGCCGUGUGCUGGAGGUGGGCUUCGGCAUGGCCAUCGCCGCCACCAAGGUGGAGGAGUUUGACAUCGAGGAGCACUGGAUCAUUGAGUGCAAUGAGGGAGUUUUCCAGCGGCUGGAGGAAUGGGCCAAGACGCAGCCGCACAAGGUCGUGCCCCUCAAGGGGCUGUGGGAGGAGGUGGUGCCAACGCUGCCGGACGGGCACUUCAUGGGGAUCCUGUAUGACACUUACCCGCUGUCGGAGGAGACCUGGCACACGCAUCAGUUCAACUUCAUCAAGGACCAUGCCUUCCGCUUGCUGCAGCCCGGGGGGAUCCUCACCUACUGCAACCUGACCUCCUGGGGGGAGCUGCUGAAGACCAAGUACACCGACAUCGAGCAGAUGUUUGAGGAGACCCAGGUAGAGCACCUGGUGGAAGCCGGGUUCAAGAAGGAGAACAUCAGCCUGAAGGUGAUGGACCUGGUCUCCCCCAAGGACUGCAGGUACUACUCCUUCCACAAGAUGGUCACCCCCAUCAUCGUGAAGCACUGAGGGUGCUGGCAGCCUGGCACCAUCCCUUGGGGCUGCCCCAAAGCCACAGGAAGCAAACACUAAAGGAGGAGAGGCUAGUAUGUGCACUGCAAGGAGGAGAAAAGCUCUCGUCUCCUUUGAUGCUAAUAAGAGAAGAUUGGAGCUGAUUUAUCUGGAGGCAGGAGAUGGCUGGAAGCUUGGGAUGGAAGUGCUGGGUCUCCAGGGACCUCUGGACAAAAGGACUCCCUGCCCCACCUCGGAUGUCAGCCACAGCUCCCCACCCUGGCGGGGUGUCUGCUGGGCUCUGUGGGGGAGGGUCCCACCCUGCGUCUGUCCCCGAGGCCAAGUUUCCACUCAAGACUUGCCCUCGUCUCCAAAUACCUCAAUUAAGCUGCAAUUCCAGAGCAUGGCUCAGAGCCUUUAGCCAAAGGGGUUCGAGGACGGAGACCUUUCCUCUAAACACUGGAUCAUGUUUAGAAAUCAUGGGGUGGCUUUCCACACACAUGCCAAAUAAUCUAAACCAGCAUUUCGGCUGCUCCUGCAGCAACUCCCCUGUGAAGUUUCCCAACGCUUUUGGCUAGUUCUGAUCCCAAUAACCUCCUUGCAGUUCAACAGCACAUAAAUGACAUUUCUUCUGUCUACCCUGAGCAGAUAAAAUCCAUUAAAAAAAAGAAUGAAAUACACAA